GAAGCUGAGCUGGUACUCUGACAGAGGGAGGAAGGUGACUAAUAGUGAAUGUCACUCAGCCUACUGUUAGAGGGAGGAGUGGCGGCAGAACCAGUGAACCGGCAUAUAUAUAUAUGCAGUAGUUGAUCUAGCCCAGCCAGCAAACAACUGUCUCUCUCUGUCAGGGAGUUUGUGUAUUAACACGUGGAGGAGCAGAAAUCUCUUGGAUACACUAUGUUGUCUUUGGGAUAGUUGGAGAGUUGCUGAUUGCCAUCCAUCCGUCCAGACAUGUAGUCAUCAGCAUAGCAGCAUAAGCAGACUGUAUUCCUCUUUGUGAACUCUUUUCCUCUCAAACAGCUUCCUCUACCUCUCGGGCUGGACUGCGGUGCACUGACGUCGGCUCGCCCUCCCCUGCCCCCUCGCCCCCCAGCCAUGGCCUCACGCAUCGGGCUGCGGAUGCAGCUGAUGCGAGACCAGCUGCAGCAAGAGGAGCAGCGUGAGCGGCAGCAGCAACAGAAUGCAGCCUUGCAGCCCUACAUGCAGCAUCGCAUGGCCGUGCCACCUGCACCCACCCCGGCCAUUAGCACCCCACAGCAUUACCAAAGCAUGCAGGUCCCCGUGGAGGUUCUUAAGGUACAGACCCACCUUGAGAAUCCUACCGACUACCACAUCCGUCAGUCUCGGAGGCAACAGGUGAAAGAAUACCUGUCUACCACCUGUGCCACCAAACAGACGGUCCACACAGUAGCAGGGCUGAUUCCACCCUCUCCUCCUACAAACAUGGGACCCACAGGGGGUUCAGCGUCUGCACCCCCACCCCUCCAGUCCCCACACAUGCGCACCGAGCAGCUCAUGUCUGGCAACAGCGCACCCAACAGCCCCAUGGCCAUGCUCAACAUCGGCUCCAGCCAUGAGAACGAGAUGGAUGAGGUCAUUGAUAACAUCAUCAGCAUGCAGUCCAAUUAUGAUGAUAUUCAGGCGUAUGUUGACUCUGUCCAGAUGCCCAACACACUCCCACUGUCCAGUAGUCACCUGGAUGUGUACACAGGUCCUGGGAUGAAGGGGCCAGGCAUUGCUAUGACCAGUAACUCAUGUCCUGCCAACCUGACCAUCAAACGAGAACUGUCAGACGCAGAAGCCCGUGCACUAGCCAAGGAGAGACAGAAGAAAGACAACCACAACCUGAUUGAAAGGAGGAGGAGAUUCAACAUCAAUGACCGUAUCAAAGAGCUGGGCACCAUGAUCCCCAAAACCAAUGAUCUCGAUGUGCGCUGGAACAAAGGCACUAUAUUGCGGGCAUCUGUCGAGUACAUCAAACGCAUGCAGAAGGAUGUGCAGAGGACCAGAGAGGUGGAAAACAACUUCAAAAGGAUGGAGAUGGCCAACAAACAGCUGUUGCUACGCAUCCAGGAGCUGGAGAUGCAGGCUCAAAUGCACGGCCUGCCCAGCACAUCUCCCUCUGGCCUGAACCCAGUUGACCUGAUGGCUCCUUAUAUAAAACAAGAGACCAGCCCCGAGGAGAAGCUUUCUCACCCCCAGGUACAAGCCCACCAUCAGUCCCAGCAUCUACCCCAGAACCAGGCUCAUCCCCAGGCCCACCAGCACCACUUCCUCCCGCAAAACCACCUCCAACCUCAGGGUCACGCUCACUCUCAACAAGGUCAGCUGCCACCUCUCCCCCAGCACCUGCAGCCCCAGCCGCCCAUCCAGUUCCCAGCUGUAGGCAGCUCCCAGCCCUUUGACUAUGGCCAGCCGCUGGACUUGUGCGAUGGGAUACCCAGCUUCUCAGACGGCAUGUCGGGGCUGGGCGACCUGGGUGGAUUGGACGUCCAAGUGAGGAGAGGCGAGCUGGGCUUCCUGAUGGACGAGCCCUUGUCCCCAAUGGGCGGAGACCCGCUGCUCUCUGCGAUGUCUCCUGAGGCCUCGGUCGACUCCAGCCGUAGAUCCAGCUUCAGCAUAGAGGAUGGAGACAUACUGUAGACACAUGCAUACACAACACAUACACAGGUGCGUUAAUACAAGCACACGCAUGCACAUGCAGAGGUUUCACGGAGGGUGCAGUAAAUAUGUAAACAGUCACAGUACAUAAAAGCAAACUUCGACACAUGUUCAGCACAUACAACAGAAAGAAAUCAGCUCAUCACAUAAGAUAUUCACCCAGCACAAACUCACAACAUGCUGCACACACUAUACACAUCACACAAUUUGAACACACACCAAUGACACUCAUUUGUGGUACAUUUAUCUGUUAAUGGUACAGACAAAAGAAGGUACACAGCUCUCACACAGCUGAGCUGUGUGUGUGAGAUAACCUGAGCAGCUUGAAACUUUGCCCAGCAGACUGAGCAUUUACAAGGGUUACAACCAACACUGCCAGGUCAGGAGUUAUAUAGCGCACUUGGCCUUGUUUCCAUAAAGGUGGCUCUGAAUCAUAAUUGAGCACGGGACAAAAACCAGCAGUUAAUUAGACUGAAGUUAUCAGAUACAAGGACAACCGAGUGCAUUGUCUCACUCGAUAGAGGACAAGUUUUUUUCCCCUUUACAUCAACCUCUUUUAGUAACCAUAAAUGAUUGAAUGAACGAUAGUGAAUAAAAAUGGAAAUAGCUUUAUGGUCCCGCAUGCAUAAUUUAUCUUAAGCGGAUGCAGUCCAGUCACAUUGUUCUGUUCCUCAAUCAAUUUUCUUUCACCCCAAGCGCUUGCUGUUCGGUGUUUGACAAAAAUCUGUUUUCAUUUAUUGCAUCUAUUCCACUUCUAGGUGUAAUUUUUGUCUCCUCACAAACACGUUGGCACGCACAGAUACACACUGCUGUCCCUCAGUUAUUAAUCCUUUAACGCUUUACACUGUUAUGACGUUUAUCCACACACAGACACUGUAAAGUGUGUUGACUUUGGAAAGAGAGUAAAGAAAAGAAAACCAUUUGAUGGUCUUCAAAAAACAGUGUCAUCCAAAUCGGUGAGGUGUCAAAAUACUCAGGUACUGUAACAGAAUACACAAGUGUUUUUAAGUAGAAGCAGAUGUUAACCUGAACUGUGUCAGGGCCAUAACCCCUAUCAAUGUGCCGUUUGAUUUUUGCAGCUGCUGCUCCUCAAAGGCAUGGUUUUAUAGGUUAGAGGUCAUGACCAGGGUAUAGACUUAAUAUCACGUUCAGUUAUGCCUGUAAAUGCUUUAGAGGUCGCUUCAGUGCUAGCUAUAUUCUUACAUUUAAUGUUUCUCUCACUAAGUGACUUUGCAGGGCUUGUACUCGAGGCUUAGAUGAAGGAAAGUUAGAGUGACAGGGUUUGAUACUGCAGAAAGAGAGAGAAAGCGAUAGUUUGUCCCAGCUGACAGCAGAAGUGGUUGAAGUCUUCGCAGUAAAAUCCCAGCAUUAGCACACAUUUGCAUGCAUCUGCACUCUCAUUCGAUCCACAAAUAGGCAUGCUAUAAACACAUAGAUGCCCACCCUACACGCGCAUAAGCAGUAUAUUGCUCACACACAUACAUACAUACAUACAUACAUACAGUGCAGUGUGCCUUGAGGCUGUUUUCAAAUCAGCACGUUAAUAAGUCCCCUGUGCUUCAGUCUCUCCCGUGAUGAGUUGAGUGAAGCUGCCAGCUGUAGAGGUAAAUCGCAGGCCUGCUGUUCAAACUGCCACAUAAAGGGAAUCCGUCAUCCCACCGGCUACUAUUGAGACAGCCAUGGCUGGGGCAGGUUGAGUUGUACCUGAGAUGUAUCUCUGCUGUGGUAGACCUGGGGCUUGGCUUUGAUUUGAUAUAGCUUAUGAUCAGUACUGAUAAAGGUAGAAAAAAAAAAACUUUCAUGGUGAUUUUUUUGAUUAAAAGAAGUGUUUGUUUUCUUUAUUAUAGUUUGUUGUUUAUUUUAUCUCCCAAAGCACUGGAAACUAUAUUAUUGUUUUGACUUUGUACAUGGAAGAAUUAUGAAAUAAGAUUUAUUUCAGAUAUUUUAUGCCACUAAGCCACUUAAAUGUAUUUUAUUUGUAUUUGUUGUUUUAGUUUUAUUUCAGUAAUAUUCCAAAACUACCCUAGCUUCUCAAAUCCAUUUUCAGGAGGUACACUGUAAAGACAUUUAUGCCACCAGUCUUUCACUGGGGAAAGAGUGGGGAGCCAUGUAUAAACUUCCAGAUUUCAAGUGACUUUAGAGAGAUGAAUAGAUUAUGUACAUUUAUGAUGCCAUUUUUAUAUGAUUGGGGAUUUUAUUUUUCUCUCUGUUUUAACGUUGAAAUUUGGAGCCAGAUGUAGAUGGGAGGUGAUUCUUUGAUUUGAUUAAAUUCAAAUUGCUCAUUUUAUGAAUGUAAGGUUUACCACUGGUUCUGGUCAGACUGAAGCAGGUCGGCGUUGUCGCCAUGCCUCCUUCCUCCCUGACUGUGGUUUCCUUGGAGACCUAAAAAGGACUGACUUCACAUAAACUCUGAGCCGAGGAGUGGUUGCCAUGGCGUUGUAUCACUGACUUUGCAUUUGCCUCUGUCUGUCUGCCAGAAUUGUGCCUUUUCCCUAUUUACCAUAGUUUGACUAUUGUACUGUCACCCAGCCAACACUCCAAAGAGCUGCUCAGACCUCCUCUACUCUUCCACUAGAGGGCGCUCUGCAGAGCAAACUACACA